AUGAGCAAGCGCCCGCUCGAAGAGUCCCCAGGUCGCGGUGGCUCUCCGCCGCCAGAGCAUAUCAGUCACAACGGCCUGCUGCCCAUCAACGACCUUCUCUCUCCCACGCCUGAGCACCAGGGCUCGUCUGCGGGGUCCAAAAAGCCACGCAACUUUAUUGCCACUGUGGCCUGUGAAACAUGUAGACUCAAAAAGACAAGAUGUGAUGAGUCACGGCCCAAGUGCGGCCUUUGCAAGUCGCUCGGUCUAGAAUGUGUCUACAAUGAGCGCAAGACUUCCAAGCGUGACCACUCGCUCACUCUAAUCAUGAGCACCCUCCAUCGCCUCGAAACCAAAUUGGAGAAUGUACCGGCUAGCAUGCGCCACGAAAUUCGGUUACUGCAAGCACAGUUGCCCGGGGCGCCAUCAGGCCCGGGGGAGAUGAAUGCCCCCAGCAGUGCCACUCAUGUGCCUGCGCCGGCAAUCGCCAAGCAAGCCUCUUUAGGGACACCGCAAACUCUGACUCCAUCGGGCGAGCCGGAAGUGUUCGAGUUCGAUGAGCGUCCAAAUGCCGUCAAUGCAAACGGUCUGGUUUCAAUCUCGUUCAGCCAGCACGGCGUUGUUUUAUGGCCCGGCGCACGGGAGAUUCUCCCGCAGCGUCUGCUUGAAGCGCACGAGAAACUGGGCAAGAACUAUGUGAUCGACACGGAGAUGAACAGGCCGCCUCUGCCUAUGUACAACUACCCAUUCCCGCCACAGGCUGGGGACGAUUGGUUAGAGCUUCUUCCGGUGGCGAUGAUCAAGGGUCUAUCGACUGCUUUCUUCGCUACUUUCAAUCCGUUUACGCCUAUAAUGGAUAAGAACUUCUAUUUUACGUUUACGCUAGGGGCGGCCCUUGAAAGUGGAUUCGGGUAUACGAUGGAGAGCUGCAUAGUCUUGAAUAUCAUGGCCUUGGGUUGUUUGGCCGUUCAUGCUCACCAGGAAGGUAACUAUCCUCUACCAGGAACGCGAGGAAACCACUUCGAACCACCGGAGUGGAUGGCGGUCGUCCAUGAAGAACCACCUGGGUUACGGUUCUUCAAUGAGGCCCGGCGACGUAUGGGAUUUUUGAUGUGUGAAAAUGACAUUCAGAGUUGUCAAUUCUAUCUAUUAUCAUCUGUCUACUACUCGCAAAUAUUACGCCCUAUGGAUUCAUGGGCCAUGAUUCACCGCGCUGCCACCGGGUGUCUUUCAAUCUUGACCAAUCAUGAUGUCAACUUCGACGAGUGGGAAGGUGACAUGAAGUCGCGUGUCUAUUGGAACUGCCUCAUGAACGAGACUAUUCUCGUACAAGAACUCCACCUCCCUCCAAGCGGUUUGUCACGGUUUGAAGAAGUUGUCCCCAUCCCCAAAUUCAUAGGCUUCGAAACACUCGGCCUCCUACCCUCGCGAUUUUCAUCCUCGGCCGAGGACAUCGACGACUCUUUCUUCCAAUACCACUUCCUCGCGCAGGUCGCCCACCGCAUCAUCCUUACCCGCAUCCGACAUUCUCUAUAUUUCCACUCGGACUCGGGCAACUUCCCUCAACCCGCCGUCAAUGUCGAACUCCAUCACCAACUCGGCCAAUGGCGCCAAAACCUACCCCCGGGUCUCAAAUUCCCAGACCCAACUACUGUAUCAACAACCACCACCCCCCAAACGGCAGCGACCCCGCCGAACCCAAUCUCUCCGCACCCGCUGUCCUCAACAACAACCACCGCCAACACAAGCACAAGCACAAGCACCAACACCCGCCCCCUCUCCCCCGCCGUUGCGGUCUCUGAAGCAAUGCUCCGCGGCCGCUUCAUGAUCGCCAAAUUCCACAUCGGCCGUCCGUAUUUAUAUAAGGCGCUCCGCAUCCCAUCCCUCCUAACAGACGAUGAACUCGAGCAGGUUCGCAGCGGUCUACAAAAUGCAAUGGAUUGGCCGAUUAUUCUAGGCAUAUUCCGUGACAUGAAGAGUUGCAUUCCGAUUAAAUUUGCUUUCUGCUCUCAGUUCUUUGGCCAAGUCCUUCUCUUUUACUGUAUCUCGCACUCUCCUGAUGCUCGGGUUCGAAGUGCGCUGCCUCCUGGCUGGGAUCGGUGGAAUCAGGAGAUGUUAAGAUUCUUGGAGGACUGUGCGAUGUAUAGUCCCGCUGUUGCGAAGGAUCUGGAACUUUUGCAACUCCUGUGA